AUGGAAAACUCUUUAGACGAAAACAGCAUAAGCAUUUCUCUAAUAGAAGGCACAGAGGCAUCCCCUCUUAACCCAAGCUCUUCAGUAUCUCUAAAAAAAGAUCACUGGUGUUUGCUCAGAAAUGUCCUAAGAGCGGUAACUCUUUUUCGGUGUCACGAUGUAGUCCCAAAUCAAGAUGCCGAUCAGGUCGUUGGAGAAAUUCAAAAAAUCCCAACUGACUACGAAUACAGAAAAGCCCAAUCUCUAAGACGAGAUUCCUCAGCUUAUUCAGUUGCAUUAAAUGACUUAUUCUAUUUUCCAUAUAUAUAUUCUUUAUAAUAUAAAAGUAAAAAUUCAUUAUAAAAAAGCAUAAGACGAGAACAACGUUGAUUUAAUUGCCUUGGGAGAGGGACUCCUGAAGAUAUUGAACACUUAAAAGAAGAAAUCAUAAAUGAUCCUUAUCGGCAUUUAAGGAUAAGCAACCAUCCUCUGUCACUUUUAAAUAAGAGAAACAGAAAUGGGAUGACCCCGCUUUAUUUGGCAAGCAUAAAUGGGAAUUAUGAAGUUGUAAAACUUCUGCUGGACAGUGGGGCUGACCAUUUGAUUACUUCUAGUGUUGACAAUGAAGAAGUCACUUGCAUUGAAGCAGCGGCAAGGCUGAGACAUGCAAAAAUUGUGGAACUUUUGGCUGCAAAGCAGUGGCCUGAAAAAGUCAUUGAGAAGGUUCUAAGCGAUAAUAAAUCACAAAAUGUGGAAAAUAUUGUAAGAAAAUGCAGCAAAAGUAAGAAAAGCAAAAAAAUGUGCUGCUUUGGAAGGUUUUAA